UUGACAUUUGACCGUUUCGAUAGUGACAGCUGGAUUUCCAGAAAAAUAGAAGUUGGCAAAUUUUGUGUCAUUAUCAAGUCCUUAUCUUGUUUUUGGAUAAGAAUCUGAAUCUUCGAAUUAUUGAAUUAGUCUUCGAAGGUUUUAUAUGUGCAAUAAAACAAGUCGCGAAGUGUGCUGAUACUUUGUUAUCGAAAUAAUAGUGCCGGCGUCACCAUGUCGGACGAGAGUCAUCCAAAAACACUUUAUGUAGGUAAUCUGGACGUGUCAGUGUCAGAGGACCUGUUAUGUACCUUGUUUUCACAAAUAGGCCUAGUGAAAGGAUGUAAAAUAAUUAGGGAGCCUGGAAAUGAUCCAUAUGCCUUUAUCGAAUUUACUAAUCAUCAAUCUGCAUCCACUGCUUUAGCAGCAAUGAAUAAACGACUAUUUCUAGAUAAGGAAAUGAAGGUAAAUUGGGCAACUAGUCCAGGAAAUCAACCAAAACAAGAUACAUCUAAUCAUCAUCACAUCUUUGUUGGUGACUUAUCUCCUGAAAUUGAGACUGAAACACUCAGAGAGGCCUUUGCUCCCUUUGGAGAAAUUUCAAACUGCAGAAUAGUAAGAGACCCCCAAACACUUAAGUCUAAAGGGUAUGCCUUUGUGUCUUUUGUUAAAAAAGCUGAAGCAGAAAAUGCCAUACAAGCCAUGAAUGGUCAGUGGCUUGGAUCAAGAUCAAUUCGUACUAAUUGGUCAACUAGAAAGCCACCACCACCAAGAACAGAAAAACCCGCUCAGAGGCAGAAACAACCUCAAUUUGAAGAGAUAUACAAUCAAACUUCUCCAACUAACACAACAGUAUAUUGUGGAGGUUUUGCGAGUGGUCUCACUGACGAUUUAGUUCACAGAACUUUUUCACCGUUUGGUACAAUACAAGAUAUUAGAGUGUUCAAAGAUAAAGGGUAUGCUUUUAUAAAAUUUCUAACAAAAGAAAGUGCAACUCAUGCUAUUGAAAAUAUUCAUAAUUCAGAUAUUAACGGUGCAACUGUUAAGUGUUUCUGGGGCAAGGAGAAUGGAGGUUUUGGCCCAGAUCCGUCAAUGCAGUCAGGAGCUGUGCCCCAAUCAUCAGCCCCUCCAUAUUCUUAUGGAUAUGGCAGUUAUUGGUACCCGCAAGGCUAUACUGCUGGAGGUGGUUACAUGCAAGGAUACCAGUCCUACCAGCAAUAUCAACAAUAUCCAGGUGGUCAGCAAUACUGUGUUAUGCCACAACAGGGGCAGUGGUCAGGUCAGCCAGGACAACAACCAAAUGUACCCGUUAUGUAUGGUCAAAAGUAUCCAUCUCAGUGAAAUAUUCCAUAGACAUUAACUUGGGUUACGUUUUUGCAGUAAGUUUGAGCAAGAACAAUUAUAAACAAAAUACCUAUAAAUAAUAUUAGGAAUAUGAACUUAACCUUUAUAAACAUUUCUUUGCUUCCAGUAGCAAAACACACUUGUUUUAUAACUUUUUACAUUUGAUUUAUUAGGUUUGGUUUUCGAAUAAAUGACCUUUGGUAAUUGUUUACUUUGUCUCCUAAGAAAAUAUAUAACAAACCUUUUGUUUGGACUUUGUAUCUAAAACCACAUGUCUUUUGUUGAUAUCUUUCCUAUCUUAAACUUAUUUUGUAAAUUUUGAUUAUCUGUUUAAUGGUUUAAAUUUCAUGUCUAUGCUGAAGUUCUUAUUUAUGCCUUGAACAUUAAUAUUAAUGGUUAUUUUUUAUCCAACACAUGUAGAUCCCAUGAGGGGUAGUAAUAUGCAUCCACAAAUUUAUUCUUGUUACAAAAAUUUUCAUUGUGGACGUGUGUAGCAGGAAUAUACAAUAAAUUUUUAUAUAUCAAUUAAUUAAGCUUUUUUUUUUCUUUAACAGGUAUUCUUUUAGGGUUUAUAAACUUUUCCUCAAUUAAAAUUAAAUUUACUAUUAGUAAAUUUUUUCUAUCUUUGAACUUGAUUUAUAUGAUUGUUGAUUGUAGAUAAAGUAGGUGAUUUGGACUCAGAUUUUUUCGCUCUAAACCUGCAAGAUAUCUUUUUUGCAUCCCAUACAAUACAAGUUUGUGACUUUGAUAUAUGUUUUAGCAACUCCUGCCGAGCUUCUCUUCAGUUGUCACAGGUAAUUUACAAGAUUCAAAUAAAAUUACGACUUUCAGAUCAAACAUUUUUUAGUAAUUGCCAAUUUCUAAGCUAAAUUUAAAUAGAUUUUUUUAUUUUUCCAACUUUGUGGCGAUCCUACUUUAGAAGACUAAUACACUGUUGUACAUUUCAUUUAAUUUAGAUUAUUACAUUUUGAAUCAUUUAACACCUUAUCUGCGUUUAGAGAUAUUUAUAACCUUACAUUGGGUGCGUUACAAGGCUUAUAUGUUCCGCUACCGUGCAUUAUGACACAGUUGAUCCAGCCAACUGUUAGCUUAGUACGAGGUCUAUUUGUCCCAUAAUGCAGCCAAGGUGUUAAUGUACUUAUUGUUAUUUCCAGUAAAAUAAGUUAUUUCCAGUCGUUAACUAAUUCUGUAGCUAUUUGAUACUGAUAUGAAUACGAAACAAAAUAUGAAACAAAAAAAAAGUUUUAUUGAUGUUUUGAUUUUAAUAUAUUAACUUAAUUGGACUAUUGUUAGUGAAUUUUUUGCCUGGAUGUAGGUUUAUAUUUGAAUAUACAAUGAUGAUCAUGCUUAUAACUGGCAAAAUAACGCAAAAGAUGAAAAACAUAAUACGUUGUGAAAUAAAACGAGAUGAAACUAGUAGAUGUGGAAAUUAUCGAUAUAAACAUAUAAAUGAACAUUAAAUUUACUUAGUUUCCCACCUUUAGACGUAUCAAAGGAAUAUGUCAAAUAAAACACAUUGUCACAAUGGUAGUUGCCAAGCUCGUCCGAUAUAUCUAAAGGUGGAAAGAAUCAAUACAAUGCAAAUUUAUAGGUUUUUAUCGCUAAAUUUCCCACCUCUACUAGUUUCAUCUCUUUUUAUCUCACAACUUAAUGUUUUCCAUCUUUUACGUUAUUUUGCCAGUUAUUAGGACGCUCAUCACUGUAUAGAAUAGUAGAAGGUGACAUUCAUAAAACUGUUAAGUUAUAAUAUUAGCUUAUGUGUACAUCAACAAACCUUUUUUUCUACAUUUAUUGAUUCAUGUUAUAUUAGGUACAAAAAAGUACAAUAUCUUACAACUUCUGAUUUUGAUAUUAGAUACAGUUGCAAAUCUAACAUCCAAUAAAAAGUUUCCAGGUUACGCAAUGUUUUCACAUAUCGUCAGUGGUGUGACAAUACCUUCUAUCUGCUGUAACAUGAGUUUUGUAGUAGAGACAAAAAACCUUUUUUUAGGGUCACCUCCUGUUUUCAUAUGAUAUUUUUUGAUUUGUUUUGUAGCAAAUAAAUAAUAAAUUUACUACAAAGCAAGUCAAAAAAUAUAUGAAAACAGGAGGUGACCCUAAAAAAGGUUUUUCGUCUCUCCUACCAAACUCACGUUACAGCAGAUAGGAGUUAUUGUCACAUAGCUGAUGAUACAAUGUUAUUAUGGAACUAAUAGGUUUUUAUUGAAAUUGUGUUAUCUGUAUGCCUGUAAAUCUAGCCAUAAAGGAAUGUACCAAUAGGAACUAUACAACUUUCCUUUUCCAAUGGUCAAGAAAAUAUCAUACUUAUUCUUGAUUUGUUAGUAACUGAAAGGUAAAUAUAUCCUCAAUUCUCAUUAGAUUAUCAUGUUUCAACAUAUUGUUGAGUGAUAGUGUUCAACCAUUAUCAUAAAUCAAAUUAGAUAGUGCCUCAUAAGCAUCAAUAUUGAAUUUUGAAAGAAUUAAGUAUGAACAAUAGGUACAUUGCAAACAUUAUUAUACUAGAAAAGUAAUGUUUUUGAACCAAUAAAAACAUUCAAACUACAACUACAGAUUACUAUUUAAUUUACAUUCAUUUAUCUCAUAUCUUUUCCUUCAUUUAUUUAUAUAUUUUCAUUACAGGUCUCUUUAUCAGGAAAUACAAAGAUAUGAUGAAUUCAAUACUGUGCACUAUAUAGUGUGUUCCAAAAGAAACAGGACAAUCGAAUAUUUAAAGAAAUUAACAUGGGUUCAAAAAACUGAAAAACACGUGUUCAAUAUUUUUCAAAAAUCUAUCGAAUAACACCAAAUACGACCCCUAGAACAGGAACUUUCAAAUCUUAAAUGGGAACACCCAUUUUUUAUUACAGAUUAAGAUUCUGCAUGAGAAAGUAAACAAGUUUCAUCUGAAUUUAUUUCAAUUCGCAAAAGAUGGUGCUGUAAUCACAGAAAAACAGAUCAGUAGUCUACAAUAGUUAUUUUCCUAACUAGUGCGGGAAGUGAUACUUUUACGCACGAGACUGCCGUUGACCCGAAGGACGUGAUAGCGGAGUUCGGGCAAGCAGUCCAGUGCAGGGAAGACACUUUCUGCAUGAGUUAGGAACAAUAUUUUUUCUAUGGCCGUACGUUUGGAAAAAAGCCACAAAAAAUAGAGUUAUAUCAAUUUUUAUUUAGAAGUAAAAAUACACAAAUUAAUUCUUUGACAAGGUUGUUAAAACCAAACUUUCAAUAUAAUGGGUUACCACGACGACAAUAUUGGUUUCCAUGACAACGAUUCAGAACCAUUGUAAUUGUCUACUGAUUUGACUUUUAAAUACAAUGUCAAAAUAAUUGAAUUUCUUCGAAUUUUCAGUAGUAAUUGCACAAGAGCUCUAAAAUUCUAUAUUAAUUUUAGAGUUCGAGUGCAAUUUGUUGCGAUUAUUUCAUGAAUAAAACUGUUCAAAACUAAAAUUUUAUUGUAUUUUAUUUAUGUAAGUACAAAUUAAACACACAGUUGGUAUAAAUAUUUUACGGUUUAACGUCAUCACUUUUAUAAUUUUUAAAACAUUAAUUGUCAUUAAUGUCACUGAAUGUAUUUUUUCGUAGCAACGAAGGGCAUCUGACACAAUAUACUUAAAGACGGGCAAUUAUCAAAAAUUAUCGAUUUAAUUCAGAUUUCUGUAGCAUUCUAUUGGUCAGAAUCUCCUAUGAAUGAAAUAAUCGCGCUAAUUUCAUUAAAACCUGAACACGAUAAGGUAAAUUUGAAAUAAAUUAGUAAAUAAUAUCUAAAUAUUAGUUUAUUGCAUGUAUUAUAAUAUAUUAUAAUGCCAUAUUACAAGGUAUUUUACUUUCCCGCACGCCGUGCGGGAAAAGUGCAACUUUCAGAACGAAAUGCGUGCGUGAAAGUGGCUUUUUUAGCACGGCCGUAGAAAAACUAUUUUUUAUGGCACUGAAUUCAGUUUUUAUGAAGUUUUUGCAGAAUCUGAAUCUGCGAUAAAAAUGGUUCCUGUUUAAGAUUUCAAAAUUGCUCCCCUCAACUGCAGGGGGUGGAGUGGGGAACAUGCUUGGUGUCAUUCACUAGAGUUUUGAAAAAUAUUGAACCCAUGUUUUUCAGUUUUUUGAUUCGAUGUAAAUUUCGUAAAAUAUUCGACUGUCCCACUUAUGUUGGCAUCAUGGUAUAUCAACAGGUUUUUCCAAAGUAUUGCUAGCACAUUUAAUUGUAAGACAUACAUUAGACUGGUAACCUAUUUUGAGAAAAUAUACAGGGUGUCUGCGUAACUUGGGACCAUAUGGGAAACUUCUUUAAUAUCAAUUUUACGAAAAAAAGUCAUUCUUUAUAAAGUGCUCUGCAUAGUCUAAAACCUAGGAUGCAAUCAUCAGAUAUCAGAUUUUGUCAACAGUAUACGAGGUAUGUCAAAAAAUAUGAAUUUCGCUCAAGAGCAAACCACUUUUAUAUUUCAAAAUAUCAAAAAAUUUUAUGAUGAAAAGUUAUUUGUAAUUAAAAACCAUAUUCAAAUAUGCAAUAACAGCCUUCUACUUGAAAAAAAAAAUUUCUGAAAGUUUCCUAAAUUACCGAUUCCGAACAUCAUUUUUAUUUAUUAGACAUGUAAUAACUCUUUUAUUCAUAAUUUUAGGAAAAAAGUUAUUCUUCAUAAAAAUCUGUACAUGGUCUAACCUCAAGAUGCAACCAUCAGUUAUCCAAGUUUGUUAAUUUUAUACGAGGUGUGUCAAAUAAUAUGAAUUUAGAAAUUCACAAACCUCGUGACACACCUUGUAUAAAAUUAACAAACUUGGAUAACUGAUGAUUGCAUCUUGAGGUUUAGACCAUUCACAGAUUUUUAUGAAGAAUAACUUUUUUUCCUAAAAUUAUUAAUAAAAGAGUUAUUACAUGUCUAAUAAAUAAAAAUGAUGUUCGGAAUCGGUAAUUUAGGAAAAUUUCAGAAAUUUUUUUUUAAGUAGAAGGCUGUUAUUGCAUAUUUGAAUAUGGUUUUUAAUUACAAAUAACUUUUCAUUAUAAAAUUUUUUGGUAUUUUGAAAUAUAAAAGUGGUUUGCUCUUGAGCGAAAUUCAUAUUUUUUGACAUACCUCGUAUUCUGUUGACAAAAUUUGAUAUCUGAUGCUUGCAUCCUAGGUUUUAGACUAUGCAGAGUACUUUAUAAAGAAUGACUUUUUUCGUAAAAUCGAUAUUAAAGAAGUUUUCCAUAUGGUCCCAAGUUACGCAGACACCCUGUAUGACUGACCAUACUUUGGCAAAAAUGCAUUAAUAUGUUGUUAUACAAAACUACUAUUGACCAUACACAUAUUUUGUAUUGGACGGGAGAAAUAAUUGUGGCUAGUUAUAUUAUUUUACUAUUUUAUCACAUUAAUAAGUUUCAUUUACUCCAGAAGCCUCUAUUACUCUUACUUACUCCGUGGCGUUACAACCUUCACGGGUUUUAGCCAACUCGACAACAUGCCUUCACUCUUCUCUGUCUAGAGCAACCUCUAUCCAAUUCUCCACGCCCAUAGCUUUCAGGUGUCCUGCUAUAUUAUCUCGCCACCGGAGUCGAGGACGUCUUCUUUCAGUUGGGACUUCCCCCACACCAGCCUCACUCUUCUUUGGUCAGAAUGUCUUCUGAGGUGUCCUCUCUAUUGGAGUUUUUGGACUUUAUUUAUUUUAUGAUGUUGGCGUCUGUGUAAAGUUCUUCGAGCUCUUUGUUAGUUCUUAUCCUAUAUAAUAUAAUAUGCUUCAUCCAGCACAGGCCCAAAAGUCCCGCAGCGAAAGUGUUAAGCAACAGAGAACCACCCUUUUAUAAAAAAUAUAUGGAAAACAGGAUUGGGUUAGCUAAUAUGAAUUUUAAAUGAGCAACUUAGAUCAGAUAUGCUGGUAACAUUAAUACUCGUAGAUUAUGUCAUUAUUGAAGGGAAUUCUAUUCCAUUUGUACUUGUUUUGUUUUGUACAGAAGAAAAAUAUGUAUUGAUAAUGAUAAAAAUAAAUAAUGACAUUUUCGAGAAAGAGAAAUAAUACUGAUCAUUAUUUUGGACUAAUUUAUGUGAAUAGACCAAACAGAAAUGUCUCAUUUUACUGAAAAAAAAAAUGUGCAAGUUUUAGACAUAAAGAAAAACAGUUAGACAGGCUGAAAGCAUUGAUCUAAUGAUAACUGGCUUUACUUUUUGAUACAUAAAGUAGUUAUAAUAUUUUGAUACGAUAGAUGAUUAAGUUAAACUGUACGUUUUUAUAAACAUUUAAUAAUUUUGUAUUACUUAUAAAAAACGAAAUUUACUAGGUACUCUAUAUUCUAUAGUAUAUACUCUACACCUAUAAUUGAUUUUUCAAACCCUUAUUUACCUGAAUAAUAUGUGCCUUCUUAUAUGAUAAGAUGUAGAAAUUUUGAUAUUGAUGGUAACUCUUGAUUCCUAAAUGCUUUUUUACUCCAUACUUUUUUACGAAAAUGUAAACGUAAAACCUGUGAAAAAGAAAUCACAUAACAGUGAACCAAUUUUCCAGCACAUUUAAGAUUUGAUAUUAUUAAAUUGUGAUUUGUUUUGUUAAAAUAUACAGCUAAUCAUGAAAAUUUCUGUCCUAGAUGUAAUGCUAUGUUAGAUAGUGUUGGAAAUAGGUUCCGCUCUAUUUUCCAAAAUAUUAGUCCAAAAAAAUGAAGCAGCUUCUAAUAAUGCUGAUAGUUGAUGGAGUUAAUUAAAAUAAAAAAGUGAAGCAAGUUGUUAAAGUAUUAUUUAUAUCUAAAGAAAAUCAUUAUUUAUACAUUACCAAGAGAAAAACAAUCACUGAGAAAAAUUACGGGUUUUUUAUUUUUAUUACAGUAUUGUAAAUUUUUUUUAUUUUAAAUUCAUUGUUAUUCUUGCAAACCCUUAAUUGAUUAGCUUAUGCUUUCCCAUAUGAAAACAAUGAUAAUAAUGUCUAUGUUGAGGGUAAUAUUUGUCUGCUUACUAAUAUUUGAUUUUUUGGCUUAUCUAGCUUAACUGAUUUGUGUUAUUUCAAUAUUAACCAAAAGACAUAGUUUGUAAUACAAAUAUUGUUCAAGUUGUUAAUAGGUAAUUUUUUAUUUCUAUAUAAUUUGUAUCAAAAUCAUGUAAUGUAAAUAUUUAAUAUGCAUCUUUUGUUAAUUGAAUAUCUGUGCCUGCGCAAUAUAUUUUUGAAUUUUUUUUCAAUAGCUUUUGAUUCUUCUCUAUGUUAAAUUUAUUGUAAUGAGAAUCAAAUUUUACAUCUUUUUUGAUGUUUUGAUUUCCAAUCUGGAAAUUAUUUUCAAACGACUUUUAUAAUUUUUUAUAAACUUCAGGAACCAAUGUAAAAUAUAAUUCUCAUUAAAAUAAAAUGUGGUUUAAUCCCAUAUAAAUAUGAUAUUUAACUCUAGCAUGUCACAAGAAAACAAUUUCAUUUUUUCUGUUUUCUAUUGCUCAGGUUUUUAAUUUUUUUCUGGCUGCACAUAUUUUAUGAGUUUUGAAGUUAUGAAAGUCUAAGGACCAAAUUACUAUUUUAUGUUAGAGACUUAUAAAAGGAUCAGUAAGCUACAUCUAGCAAUGAGCACAUGUUCAUAAAACAGCUCAGGUUUUGCUUAUAUCAGAAAUGCAACGAAAUGUUUCCUAAGUAAAAAACAGUGUUAUAUAAAAUAAACUCCUGGACAAAAUUAACGCACCACUUUAAUUAAUCUAAAUAUUUACAAUAUGAACACAAAAUAAAACUAACUUACAUUGAAAUAAUAAUAAACACCUACAAAUUAGUCCAACAUGACUUUAUCAUGACCUUAAUUUACCUUAUUGUCUCUUUAAAAAUUUGUUUUUGCUGGAAAUGCGUAAAUAAGCUAGCAUAACUCCAAAUUGCAAAAAGAAAACAAUCAGUAAAAUAAUACAAUAAAAUGCAUCUGGGUCAACACUAAUACCGUGUAGGCCUUCCUCUACUUCUUAUGACUGCAUUUAUGGGUCGAGGCAUGCUUGAAAUCAAAUGUUCAACAAAAUCUUGCGGAAUAUUCUCCCAUUCUUCAAUAACGGCCUCAAUGAGUUGGUUGUGAUUGGCAAUAGGGGGUCUACGACUUGGAAUCUUUUUUUUUUGAGAGUCUCAUAGAUGCUCUAUAGGAUUCAUGUCCGGACUGUUAGGUGGUCACUGUAAUAAUGGAAUAUCAACAUCAUUUAGGUAGCCAAUAACCUGUCGAGCCACAUGAGGACGAGUGUUGUGUUGCAUGAAUAAAAAAUUAGGUGCAAGAAACGGAGCAAAAGGCAUUACAUGUUCGACAAUAAUGUUGUCUAAGUACUAAUGGGCAUUCGUAGACCUCGUACGUAUGAGGACCAACUCCGUACGAGCUUUAAAACAAAUUCCCCCGCAAAACAUUUUAGAGCCACCACCAAAAGGUACUUUAGGAGAGAUAUUGCAGCUGGCAAACCUUUCUCCUCGCCUUCGCCAGACACGCUCACGACCAUCUGGAGCUUUUAGGCUUACUCUAGUCUCAUCGGAGAAAAGAACUCGUUUUCAAUCAUCGAUGGUCCAAUUUUGAUGCAAUCUUGCAAAAUUCAAUCUCUGAACCCUGUGUUUUCUGGUAAGCAAGGGUGUUUUGGCCGGUUUCCUGUUGCUCAAUUCUGCUUCAUGUAAACGGCUUCUAACUGUUCGAGACGAUAUCGCGACAUUUCGAACAUCUGCUAGUUAAUUUUUUAGCAAAUUGCUGGUGACUCUCCUAUCUCUGAGAGCACGUUGUCUCAAAAAACGAUCAUUAAUUUGAUUAGUGUAACGUUUUCGCCCUUGCCCUGGUCUUCGAUGGUACGACCCUGUUUCAUUAUAUCGCCUCACCUUGCGACUGAUGCUGGAAUGAUGUCUUCCUAACAAACCUGCAACGUAUCGCAUUGAAUAUCCUUGAUCUAGGAGAGUCGAUGCUCGCACUGCCUCCUCCAUUGACAAAUUUCUUUGGCAGUUCAUUUUUUUAUUUGAUUUUUAUGCAAAUGAACUUCCAAAUAUGCAUGUGAUGAAAAAUAUCACAAAAAAAGCUUGUUUCUCACAAGCACUUUGCUUUAAUCAGCUUUUUAUGUAAAGUUUAACUCACUUUUAGUCUAAAACCAAGUUUAAUACAAAUUAUUGUUUAAACAAGACUAUUAUUAGGGUACAUAACAACUGUCACUGUCAAACAAGGUCCAUAGGCAACUUGUCGUACAGUAAAUUAUCAAUAAAUAAAGAUUAUUGAGAAAAAUAUGAGUGGUGCGUUAAUUUUGUCCAGGAGUUUAUGUAUCUGGUGCUUGAAAGAAUCGAAGUCAUCUUGAUUCGAAUUUUUAAAAUCUGCUCUUCUUUGUAGAAUAUUUGUUCCAAAUUUCUAACAUAUUUAAAUAAAUUUAAUGAACAAUUCCUUUAUAAAAGGUAUAUUUUUUAUUUUAUUUUAUAUAGAUAUUUUUCAUUAAAUUUAUUUGUGAUUACUGGUAUACAGCCAGCUACAGGGAAUUCUUUCUUGAGAAUUUCUAAAAUAUUUGUUUUUCAAAUAGUGUUUAUAUAUUUAUACAAGAUAAAUAUACUUUUAUCUUUCUGAUUCAUAGAAAAUUCAUUCAAAUUUUGGAAACACAAUGUUAUCAGAAUCAUUUAAAUGGACAUAAGAAAAUUGAAAAAUGUUCCUGCACUGUUAUUAUAUUUUAGGUGUUGGUAUAGGUAUUUUUAAUUUAGUUAUAUAAUAAUUUGGAACAUUAUCUGAAUAAUUAUUGAUUAUAGAGAGUUAGAGCAAAAAUAUGUAAACCUUUAAAAUUAUUUUCAAAAUAUGUUUUUGAAAAUUUGUUAAUUGUGACAUAUUUAAGAAAUCAAGUAUCAAUAAUCAAAUUGGUCAUCCCUACACAAUGAUUUGGUGUGUUAAUAUACUUGAUACAAUCAGUUUUCAAUUUUUUUGAACAUGGCAUUAAAAUGUGUAAAUAUGCUUAAUUUUUUUCAUUUUGAAAGGUUGACCUACAAAAUUGGUAAAUUUUUGUUUUAACUCUUUUAAUUCUAAAGAAAGCAUGUAUUUUAAUAAUAUUUAAUGAGUCUGUCAUUUAUUCCAUGACUUAAACCAAACCUUCAUUAUUAGAGUAUACCCCUAAUGACAAUAUAUUGUACAUAUUUAUAGUCAAUUACUUUUGAUAUAAAAUAUGUUUUCUGAUAGUGAUGAGAUUAAGUUCAUAUUCUGUUAAUUACACACUUGACCUAGGAUUAAUUAGAUUAUGGUUUGCCGUGUUCUUUUGGUUGAUGUAAAUAGGUAUAUAUAUUAUUUUUUAUCAAAUUAAUACUUGAUUUUCCCAAAAUUGUAAGUGUUAGUAUAGAAAUAUAAUCAUGGACUUAAAGAAAUGUUAUCCAUAGCUAUCAACCUCUGAACAUGACCUAAAGAUUACAAAACGUUUGACGAAUUAUGAUGUACAUAUUCUGAUGUUAUUUGGGAAAUAAAUUAUGACCAACACA